UUCAACAACCCUAACAUCAAUUCCAAUUGCAAUCAAAGUAAAAACUAGUUUGAUAAGUCUGUAAGCGCGUUGUCUUAGAUGCUGUCAGCACCGUUAGAUACAUUGAUUAAAGUAGAAGAAAACUUCGUUUUUUCGUCAGAACUCUUUUGCUUUGUGCGCUUUAUAUUUGCUAUCUGCAAUCGUCAAAUUGUGCGCAAACGAAGCGAGAUUAAGUGCUGUGAUUUUAUUAUUAUUAUCAGCACUUCAGUUCUCAAAAUGAAUACAAUUAAAACUGGAACGCGCAAAGCCCUCGAAGAAAAUGAAACAGCAACAGUUCAUGAAGAGAAUGACGCUGAUAGGCAGCUAAGGGGCUUAUCGUUUUCCUUUGUUCGGGGGUCUGAUCCGAGAGCUGCAACAUGUCGCGGCAAGCUGCAAAGUCGUCGUUGUAAACUAAACCAAGAGAUCAACAAGGAACUUCGCUUACGAGCUGGAGCGGAGAAUUUAUACAAGGUAACAACAAACCGCAAACUACGCGAUACUGUAGCCUUGGAACUGAGCUUCGUCAAUUCAAAUUUGCAACUUCUAAAGGAGAAAUUAGCAGAGAUGAAUUCAUCAGUGGAAAUUUAUCAGAACGAGAGUCACGAUGGCGUAAUUCCAAUGAUACCAUUGGGCCUUAAGGAAACCAAGGAAAUUAAUUUCAUGGAACCUUUCUCAGACUUCAUUUUGGAGCACUAUAGUGAAGAAUCCUCAAUUUAUAUGGACGCAAUAGCAGAUAUCACAGACACCAGACAGGCGUGCAAGACUCCCUCACGCGAUUUACUUGGCGUAGCAUUGCUUUUUCGAUACUACAAUUUACUAUAUUACGUGGAACGUCGUUUUUUUCCGCCUGACCGCAAGCUAGGCGUCUACUUUGAGUGGUAUGAUUCAUUAACGGGCGUUCCUUCAUGCCAGCGAACCAUUGCCUUCGAGAAGGCGUGCAUUUUAUUUAACCUAGGCGCCAUAUACACGCAGAUCGGUGCUCGGCACGAUCGUAGCACGGAUCGGGGCUUGGACUCCGCUGUCGAUAGCUUCUUGCGUGCAGCGGGAAUAUUCCGUCAUAUCUACGAUACGUUUACCAAUGCGCCAUCGAUGGAUCUGAAACCCCACGUACUAGAUGUUUUAGUAUCUUUAAUGCUGUCUCAGGCCCGUGAAUGUCUAUUUGAAAAGCUGAAGCUGCAGAGUGAGUCGUCGGGGCUGACCGGUUCCAGUCUUGUAAUUAUUAGUGCUGGGCCCCAAUCUACUGAAUUGGCUCAGCUUUUCCGUGAUUUGGGCGGUGAAGCUGCACAGCUUUCCCUCGAGUACAAUGAGAUGCACAAGAACAUCCAAGUGAAUGACACACAUACCUACCUGCCGGAAUGCUGGGCUGGACUGGUACCGCUUAAGGCGGAGCUCUACAGAGCGUUGGCUCACCAUUACGAGGCCCGUAGCAUAGAUGUGAAGGUGGCUUCCAAAAUAGGUCCGGUCACAUCAUUAAAGGAUUCGUUCGUUGGAAACUCGCGAGAGGCAUUGUGUGUCACGCAGUGCAGUGGUGAGUCCAACGAAGAUAGUGCCAGUUUCAUUGCGAUAAAGCACACUCACUUAAGAGAAGCUCUGGCUAGUUAUGAAGAAGCUCAGCGUCUGCAGCGUAUGUGCCGCUUUCUGAAGAAUAAAACAUCACUCACGCAAGCCAUCAAGGAAGCAAACUAUCAAGCCCAGGAGGAGUAUGAAAACUUUAGAAUUCGAGCGUCGGCCAAUAAGGUUGACGAGAGCUACGACCUUGUGGAGCGCGUUGUGGAAGCCUCCUCGAAGUUUACAUUGACCUUAACUGGACCCGAUUUCACGUCGUACAAAGUGGAAGAUCCUUUUAAACGCCUUGGGCCGAUUGCAAUAUUCUCUGCCCGUCGUCACUGGACUGCGCCACGCUGUGUUCGACUACAAAAAGGAUCCGCAAUAUGUCAUGACUUUAGUGCCUGCCCCUGUGACACUGUCACUACGCGUGUGGCUCAUGAAAAGGACUGCCGCCAAUAUAAAGAAGAGAUAGAGAACUUUGGGUUUCAAGUCAGCGGCGAUUCGCCGGUCAUUAUAGCUCACGUGGAGAUCAAUUCGCUGGCUGACCUUGGCGGCAUCAAGGAGGGAGAUUUCGUUGUCGAAAUCGAGGGCAUGGAUGUCAAGUGGUUUUCACACCAACAGGUUGUACAUCUCAUACAAUCAUGUGGUUCCGUCCUUGAGCUAAAAGUCAUAACUCCAAUGGAUCGCAAUUAUUUGAAGCCCUUGUCCUCGAAAGGUUCUAUAUCAACGUUGUCAGCGGCUAGCUCAUCAGGGUUUUCAUCGGACUCUUCAAGUCCCACAAACACUACAACAAAGCCCGAACCUCUCAUGAAGACCUCAACAAAGGGACGUUUCGUUGGUAGCGUUUCGUCCGGCUUCUGGAAUCCAUUCCGACGGACGCCGAGCAUAGCCAAAAUCUUCUGAGGUUUAGAAGGGAUUAAUUUAAUUAGGUGUAUUCUCACUUCCGAAGCAGUUGCCAUUAUAAAAUAGAACGAACGAUGAGAUAUAAUUUGGCAAAGAAGGUUGAGACUUAGCUCUAAAUAAUCCAUUAGCAUCUGUAUAUAUUUCAUUACAAAUCUUAAAAUGUGUAUUGGACUUUUAAAAAAAUUUCAAAAUGUAAAAUAUGUUUAAAUAGAAAAAGUCGAACUGGCUAAUAUUAGAGCAAAGAUACCGCAA